UAUAAAUAUCAUGCAAUUCCCUCUAUCUUUCUCCAAGCACACGUCCUACCUAGUUCAAUUUGUUAACAAACUUCCUUUCUAAACUAUGGCUUCCUCAUCUUCUUCCUCACUUAUAUUUCUAGUAGUGGCUUUACUUGUGGUUUCCAUUGGGACAUCAAAUGCCCAAUUAACUACCACCUUCUAUUCUACCUCUUGCCCUAAUCUCAUUUCUACCGUGAAGUCUGUCGUGCAAUCCGCUGUUAAUAAAGAGGCUAGGAUGGGAGCUUCUCUCCUUCGUUUGUUCUUCCAUGACUGCUUUGUUAAUGGAUGUGAUGCAUCAGUUCUACUGGACGAUACCUCUAGUUUCACCGGCGAGAAAACUGCGCUUCCCAAUAAUAAUUCUCUAAGAGGAUUCGAAGUGAUUGACCAGAUAAAAACCGCGGUUGAAAAAGCUUGCCCUGGUGUUGUCUCAUGUGCUGAUGUUUUGGCUAUUGCCGCAAGAGAUUCAGUUGUUAUCCUUGGGGGACCAACAUGGAAUGUGAAGCUGGGAAGAAGGGAUGCUAAAACAGCUAGCUUAUCCGGUGCAAACAGCAACAUCCCUGCCCCAACAUCAAGUCUUAGUGCUCUCAUCCAAAGCUUUAAAAAUCAACAACUUUCCACCACUGAUAUGGUUGCUUUAUCUGGCGCCCAUACAAUUGGACAAGCAAGGUGCACAACAUUCAGAACCCGCAUAUACAACGAGAGUACAAUUGAUGCAACAUUUGCGAAAACCAGACAAGCAAAUUGUCCAAGUGCUAGUAACACAGGCGACAACAAUCUUGCACCCUUGGAUCUCCAAACCCCAAAUUCCUUUGACAACAACUAUUACAAGAACCUUGUGAACAAUAAGGGUCUUCUACACUCGGAUCAACAAUUGUUCAGUGGUGGUUCCACCAACGCUCUCGUCCAAACUUAUAGUAGUAAUCCUAGCCAAUUUAGCUCUGAUUUUGCCACCGCCAUGAUCAAUAUGGGAGAUAUUAAGCCGCUUACUGGAACUAACGGCGAGGUUAGGAAGAACUGCAGGAAGACUAACUAAUUAGGUCCGUGUAGCUGUAAUUAAUAUACGAGCACACAAUUAUAUACCGAGUAUUUUCGUUAUUAUAAUGUUAUACGAAGUAGUUUGGUUCAAAGGAACCUUCACGUGUUUGAAGCUUUCAUCUUAUAUUUUCUUCACAAUGUUUAGUUGAAGUUGCGUUAUAAAUUUCGUGA